AUGGCCAAAUUCAUAUACCACCUCGCCGCCUUCGCGGCCGCGGCGACGCAGAUCGUACACGCGCACACCAGCCUCGACUCCCAAUACCGGAUCGACGUGCACUCCCACCCGGUCCCGCAGAUCUGGCUGGAUGCGCUGGUCGAAGAAGGGUACCCCACCGUGAAUGGCAGCUUGAUCGUGGAGGGCUUCCCGGUGCCGGACUGGACGCUGGCGGGCCACCUCCAGAACAUGGACAGCUACGGGGUCAACUACUCGACGCUGAGCGUGACCACCCCCGGUGUGUACUUCCUGGCGUCCAAGCCCCAGAAGGCCAAACGACUGGCCCAUGAGCUCAACAACCUGCUGCACAACUACACCCAAACCUAUCCGACGCGCCUGGGAGCGCUAUGCCUCCUGCCUCUGCCCAACGUCGCAGACGCAUUGGAGGAGAUCAAGUACUGCCUCGACACCCUCCACUUCGACGGCAUCGGCCUCUACACCAACUACGACGGCCUGUACCUGGGCGACGCGAGCCUCGACCCCGUGUUCGCGGCCCUGAACCAGCGCCGCGCCACCGUCUUCGUCCACCCCGCGACGCCCGGCUGCGCCGACGCCACCCUCGGCUACGGCGGUCCCCUGACGGAGUACCCGUUCGACAGCGUGCGCGCGAUGGAGAACAUGCUGCUGACCGGCCAGCGCGCGCGCUAUCCCAACGUCACGAUGAUCUACCCGCACGGCGGCGGCGCCAUGCCCUACCUGGCCGGUCGCAUCGCGGGGGUGGCCAGUCUGCCGGCGCUGGGGGCGCUGAACCCGGCGACCGUGAUCGCCCAGCUGAAGGGGUAUUACUUCGACACGGCGUCGGCUUAUUCGGCAAUCCAGCUGCAGGGGCUGAAGGCGUUUAUCGGCGUGGGCCAGAUUGUGACGGGGACGGACUUUCCGUAUGUGCCGGUCAGUCAGGCGAAACCGGGGCUGGCGGCGAUCCAGGCGAAUGGCAAUUUUACCGAGGCGGAAAUGGCGCAGAUCAAUCAUCAGAAUGCGUUGGCCAUCUUCCCUCGCAUUGCGGCUAAGCUUGGGUUGACAAAAUCGAACUGA